AUGUACUUAAAUACCGCUAAUUUGGUGGCCUAUACCUUACUAUUACUGGGUACCGGGCUGGUUCUUCUCGCUUUUUGUACCGACUUUUGGAGCGAACAUACUUCUGUUGAUGUUCCUAGUAAGUGACAUUAUGUUAUUGAUAAGAUGAAAGUAGGAUAAGUAGAUUAAGAUAAAGUAAAGUACAGUAAAGAAUGGUAAGGUAGGAUAAAAUUGAAAAUGGUAGGGUAAGAUAGAGUAAGGUAGAAUAUUGUAGAGUAGGAUAAGUUAGGGUAAGGUAGGGUAGAGUAGGGUAGGAUAAGGUAGGGAAGGGUAGGAUAAGAUAGGGUAGGGUAGACUCGAGCGAAGCAUACCGGGCAAGGACUAGGGCUUUUUUAAACUGAAAACUUCAAAAAAAUUCCUUUUUAGACGUAACCUACCUCCACAGAGGUCUAUACCGCCAUUGUCAACUAGAAAACUAUCAAAAAUCAUGUUAUAGUCGAUAUUCAGACUCAAAAACGGUCGAUAAUUACGAAAAUCUGCCAGUUUUUCGGAAUCGUGGCAAAAUAAAACCAAUGAAAAGUAAGUUUUGACCAAUUUAAAAUAUUUUUUUAAAAUUUUUAAAGCUAAAACUAAAAAAUAAAAAUUUUUUUAAAGUGAAAAUUAAAAAAAAAAAAACUUUCAGAUUUCGAAAACUUGCUAAUAAUUUUCGAUGGAAUUUCACUAGUUUUGGCGUUAAAUGCACUUUUAUUUGGAUUAUGUGCCUGUGCCAACAAAUGUGCCUUACUUAUACUAAUUAUUCAGAUCUUCAGUGCUGGUAAGUGUAAUAUCUCAAGCACAAUAUAGUUCCAAACCGCAUAAGAUUUCAACAAAAAAAAUUAUUAGGUUGUUCAAAUAAUUCUGAGCCACCUAACCCCCAAAAGUUGCUUAUGAAAAAAGGGCACAGAAUUAUGUAAACUACCUAAUAUUAGGUUGAACCAAAAGUAGUGCGACACUUUUCAUUUAUUAUUCAACAAAAAAGUGUCCCGUUACUUUUGACUCAACAUAAUAACAAGAUAUCUGUAGAAAAACAAUGUAAAAUAAGUACUACCUACUAUAAUAUACAGUAAAAAGGUGCUUUUCAGCUGCAUUGUCAAGCAUUUGUGGAGGUAUUUACUACGAAAACACUAAAAAUGGGCUGACGUUCCCAUUGGAAAUUCGAAAUGGCAAGACUGUGGUGCCAAUUUUUACUGUAAGUUAGCUUCUAUAACAAAAAGUAUUAACUUAUGAACCUAAAGACAUAACAUAUUACCUAAGGUUCAACAAAAAAUUAAAAAUAUUGAUCAAAAACGUUGAAAAGGCAUAAAAAUGAUCAAAAUAUACCCAAAAUCCACCAAAAAACCAUUAAAAAUAGCCCAAACACCCUAUUUUCAGCGCAGUUUCCUCUCCUGGUCCUUCUUCAUGUCCAUAUUCGGCUCUUGCCUUCAGUACCUCUCCUGUACCUUCUACAUUUUCGGCGCAACUUGUUGCCGGUUGCCGAUAGAAAAGCGAGAAAGUCGCUCACGCGGGAUCCAUCGACCAAGUGUACCAUUGAAGAAUGUGUAUGUUAACGAGAAAGAAGUGAUCCAAUCAAUGAGUCUUAAAAGUACCAGACCUGUACCACCCUCAUCGCCAGUACCAAAACCUCCGAGACGGUUUCAGACCGUGCCAACCGCACCAAACAUGACCAUUUCGGAUAUUAUGGAGCAUUAUGAGGACAUUUGUGAAAAGAAUUAG